AUGCAGGCUCCUGUGGUUGUUAUGAAUACCCAGAAUGAAGGGAGACAAGUCGGCCGCAAGGCACAGAUGUCAAAUAUCGCAGCUGCCAAAACUGUUGCUGAUAUUAUCCGAUCAUGUCUGGGCCCAAAAGCCAUGCUUAAGAUGCUACUUGAUCCCAUGGGCGGCAUUGUCUUGACCAACGAUGGGCACGCAAUUCUUCGAGAGAUCGAGGUCGCCCACCCUGCCGCGAAGAGCAUGAUAGAGCUGAGCCGGACACAAGACGAGGAAGUUGGUGAUGGAACCACGACUGUUAUCGUACUAGCCGGAGAAAUUCUGGCGCAUGCCCUUCCCCAGCUCGAACGCAAUAUUCACCCUGUUAUCAUAAUUUCUGCCUUCAAGCGAGCUCUUUCUGACGCCCUUGCCAUAAUCGAGGAAAUAUCUCUGCCAGUGGAGGUGGACGAUGACAAGGCCAUGUAUAACCUGAUACAGUCUUCAAUUGGUACCAAAUUUGUGUCUCGUUGGUCAGAGCUCAUGUGCGGCCUAGCUCUGAAGGCGGUACGGACCGUAUCUCUGGAUAACGGCAGCGGCAGGAAGGAAGUGGAUAUUAAACGAUAUGCGCGUGUUGAGAAGAUUCCCGGCGGCCAGAUCGAAGACAGUGAGGUUAUAGACGGUGUCAUCAUCAAUAAGGAUAUCACCCACCCCAAGAUGCGAAGACGGAUAGAAAACCCAAGAAUUAUUCUCCUUGAUUGUCCCCUGGAGUAUAAAAAGGGAGAAUCGCAGACCAACAUUGAAAUCAGCAAGGAAGAUGAUUGGAAUAAGAUUUUACAGAUCGAAGAAGAGCAGGUCAAGCGCAUGUGUGAUGCUAUCCUCGCUCUUAAGCCUGACUUAGUCAUCACUGAAAAGGGUGUUUCUGAUCUGGCACAACAUUUCCUAGUCAAACACAACGUUACUGCUCUUAGACGUGUCCGAAAGAUGGACAAUAACCGUAUCGCCCGCGCUACCGGCGCUACCAUAGUCAACCGUGUCGAUGACUUACAGGAAUCCGACGUUGGAACCCAGUGCGGUCUCUUUGAGAUUGAAAAGAUCGGCGAUGAGUACUUCUCCUUCCUGAGAAAGUGCAAGAACCCGAAGGCCUGUAGCAUUAUUCUUAGGGGUCCGUCCAAGGACAUUCUCAACGAAGUCGAACGAAACCUCCAAGACGCCAUGUCUGUGGCUAGGAAUGUUAUUUACCACCCACGUCUAUCCCCCGGUGGAGGUGCAACCGAGAUGGCGGUCUCUGUCAGACUCGCCAACCUAGCCAAGUCUAUUGAAGGCGUCCAGCAAUGGCCAUACAAGGCUGUCGCCGAUGCCAUGGAGAUCAUACCACGAACCCUGGUCCAGAAUGCCGGUGCCAACCCGAUCCAGGUCCUCACUGCUUUGAGGGCCAAACAUGUUGAAGGCCGCAACACCUGGGGUAUCGACGGCGAUACCGGAAAGCUCGUUGACAUGAAGGAGUACGGCGUCUGGGAACCUGAGGCUGUAAAGCUACAAAGCGUCAAAACCGCUAUUGAGUCUGCAUGCCUACUCCUGCGUGUCGAUGACAUCUGUAGUGCUAAAUCCCUUAACCAAGCUGCUAAUAUGGGAGGCGGUGAGGAGUAA